GAAGCUGCUUGUAAAUAAACCAGGUUUGUUUUUCAUCGACGACACUUACACUUCAUUAUCGUCCUUCCAUCUGUCACCAACGAGCGAUAACAUCACGCGAUACAGAUGUGAAGCCUAUGGCGUAGCGCUUGGGGAUAGGAAUGGAAGUCACGUUUCAGUCACCGUCAGCAAAGACGCCUUUCCGUCUCAUGCAGAUUGGAAGGCUUUCUUAGAUCGUGGCCGACGUGGCAUUGUACCUUGCUCCCCUGAUGCGGCUUGGGCACACCAACGUGGAGACCUACAAGGCGUGUACUGGUAUUUCCGCCAGAGAGACAGGGAACACGUUAUUUUCUCCUACUUUCAAGGUGCAACUGUGCCCCUAGACGGUAUUCCUGAAGGCAUGUACAAUGUCACCAGCAACUUCAGUUUGAUCAUUCAGAACGUCACCGACUCACACGAGGGGACUUAUCAUUACGUAGUUGAGUCGAAAGUUGGUCAAAUAGACAAGGGAUCCGUGGAGGUAGUUAUUACAGUGACUGCACCCCAACCGUUUCCCGUCGUUCCUGGAUGUGACCCACGUCCAUCAGGACCUGAUACUUGCAUGUUACAAGUACCGUACGACACAAUGACUGUCAACCUUACAUGUCAAGUCGACCAUGCCAAACCUCCGGUAGACCUCCAGUGGUUCCGUGUGUUUCAUAAUGGUUACACCGAGCACGUAGAAUCUACUACUACUACUACGAUGUUAGUUUAUCAACCAGGUUCAUCUUUUGACAACACUUACGUGUCAUCAUCGAUGUUCCAUCUGUCACCAACAAGUAACGACAGCAUGGUGUACAGGUGUGAUGCUUAUGGCGUAGCUCUAGGGGACAAGAAUGGAAGUCACGUUUUAGUCACCGUCAGUAGAGACCAACUAUCGAUUGAUACAGGUACGACUCAAGAGACGGCGAGCAGCAGUCCUCCAAAAAAUGUUCAAACUGCUCUGAUUGUCUUGGUGGUGAUAUUUGGCUUGCUUUCACUUUUCUUCGUUAUCAUUCUGCUGAUACUGAGAAUUCGAUGUCGCCUAUUGCCAACAAAGUUGGUAAGAGUCAAAGAUGCUACUGAGGACAUUGAAAUGUCUGUUGCUCCUACCAACGGGGAGACUGACAGUGAUGAAAGCUCACCACUUCUUGCCCAAAACAAGAGUGAACUGUCCGCUCCUGAUCAACCGCAGUGGAAGAGGCUGGCGGUUGAACUUGGUUUUACCUCAGACCGCAUUGCGUAUUUUAAGAGUUUUCGUCCUGGUGAACCUGAGGAAAAAAUCUUGCUGAUGCUGUCUGAGUGGAGAGGACUGGGAUCAUCCCUGAGGGACCAGACUACAAAACUGUGUGAUGCAUUAGCAGCCAUUGGCAGAAAGGAUCUCGUUUAUGAAUUACAAGGGUUGACUGAUAAAAAAUUCCACAAGAUUUCCAAGGACCUUUGUGAAGCAUGGGAGGACCUGGCGUACGAAUUCGGGCUCGUCGAAGAAGAACUCGACGAAAUAAAAAACAAAAAAUCAGAUUCGCAAGAUCGCGCUUUUAAAAUGCUGACAACAUGGAGAGCACUGCNAGUCGACUAAGGAAGACUGUCACGAAGUGCUGUGUAGAGCGCUUGACAAGAUCGACAAAAAGGAUUUGGCUAACAGACUGAGGAAAGGUAACUCGUUCAUUGAUGGCAGAAAGAGGCUACUGAGAGUGGGACACAUGCUAACGCUGGAGUCGGAUUCAAAGAAGUUGUUCAGUGAAGAAUUCGAACCGCCAUCCGAUAUGACCAUCUACAAUCAAGAAGAAUUACGGUCACUGAGGGACGAUGUAAGAGAAACCGGUGAGUCACGAGAUGAACAAUUACAUGUAAAGACGUUACGCGUGAUGUGCAGAUCACGGGAAGAUGUUGAUUUGCUUCGAGAAAUUAUUCAAAGUACUAACAUCGAUAUCUCGAAUAUGCUACACCUUCAUUAUCUGUUAUCUAAAAACUGGAAAGAGGAACUGGAAAGCCUCGUGGCAACAUUCCAACCCGAGAGAAAAUUUCAAACGUUGAUUCUAGAAUUAUACCAGCCCAGCAAAGAUGAUGCCGAAUUUGAUAUGGGGUUUGUGGGUAAAUGCGUAUAUGAAAUAACGCGUUACUUUCCUGGACAAAUGGGACUAUCACUUCAGAACAUGAUUC